AUGGAUAGGACCAAUUAUUCAGUGGUGUCUGAGUUUGUUUUGCUUGGACUGUCCAGUUCUCUGGAACUUCAGUUUUUCUUCUUUUUUUCCUUCUCUGCAUUGUACAUUGUCAUCAUAUUAGGAAACCUUCUUGUCAUCAUAGCAGUGAUUUCUGACAGCAGCCUGCACUCCCCCAUGUAUUUCCUCCUGGGCAACCUUUCUUUUUUUGACAUUUGUCAGGCUUCCUUUGCCACCCCUAAAAUGAUUGCAGACUUUCUCAGUGAUCACAAGACUAUAUCCUUCAAUGGCUGCAUAGCACAAAUUUUUUUCAUUCACCUCUUUACAGGAGGGGAGAUGGUGAUCCUGGUCUCCAUGGCCUACGACAGAUAUGUGGCCAUAUGUAAACCUCUACAUUAUAUGAUCAUCAUGAACCAAAAUACAUGUGUUGUCUUCGUGGUAAUCUCCUGGGCUGUGGGCUUGGUCCACACAUUGAGCCAGUUAUCAUUUACUGUGAACCUUGCAUUUUGUGGACCCAAUGAAGUAGACAGCUUUUUUUGUGACCUUCCUCGAGUGGUCAAAUUGGCCUGUAUUGACUCCUACAUUACUGAAAUACUGAUUGUGGUAAACAGUGGAAUUCUCUCCUUAAGCACGUUCUCUCUCUUGGUGAGCUCCUAUGUCAUAAUUCUUGUCACAGUUUGGUUCAAGUCUUCUGCUGCCAUGGCCAAGGCAUUUUCUACACUGGCUGCUCACAUCAUGGUAGUAGUAUUAUUCUUUGGACCUUGUAUCUUCAUCUAUGUGUGGCCUUUUACUACCUAUCCUGUGGAUAAAAUUCUUGCUAUAUUUUAUACAGUUUUCACUCCCAUCCUAAAUCCCAUUAUUUAUACACUAAGAAAUAGAGAUAUGAAAGCUGUCAUGGGAAAAAUUGCAGCACAUUACCUCAGACCACCUAAAAUUUCUGAAAUACAGUUAGUAGCAAGGAUUUCCCUUUAUUGA